ACGGAGCCUGGUGUUAGCUGCAGAGCUAAUGACAACAAACCUUUUUUAUAAUUUAUAAUAUUGUUUUAAAACAGCCAAUAACUGGUGUAAUUUGUGGGGAUAAAGGAGGGAAAUCAAAGCAACAAUGUCCUUCAGAGAUCUAAGAAAUUUUACAGAGAUGAUGCGGGCUCUUGGCUACCCUCGACUUAUUUCUAUGGAGAAUUUCAGGACUCCCAAUUUUCCUUUGGUGGCAGAGAUCCUCAUCUGGCUUGUCCAGAGGUACGAGCCCCAGAUGGAAAUACCCAGUGACAUUGACAGUGAAGCUGACAGAGUGUUCUUUAUCAAAGCUGUGGCUCAAUUCAUGGCAACUAAGGCCCACAUUAAGGUGAACCUAAAGCGCUUGUACCAGGCAGAUGGCUAUGCUGUGAAGGAGAUGCUUAAAAUCACCAGUGUCCUCUACAACGCCAUGAAAACCAAAGAGACCACAGCUGAAGACCACAAUCUCGGAGAGACCAGCAGCAAGUUUAAAUUUGACCUGGGUUUAAAGAUAGCAGAUUUAAAGGCAGCGCGCCAACUCGGCUCAGAGAUCACGGCCAUGGGGGCAUCUCUCUUUGACCUGCUGGGCCUCGAAGAAGAACUAAGAGAGAGCAGGAAAGCAGCAAUCGCACGACCGCUAGAGAUCGCAGAGACGGAAAAAGCUCUUCAAAUAGCUAUAAAAGAAGUCAUGGAGAACGUCCAGAAGACCAAAGAAAUGCUCAGUAACGUGGCAUCUGAUGAGGCGAGUCUAGAGGCCAAAAUUGAGAAGAAAAAACAAGAACUGGAAAGAAACCAGAAGCGCUUACAGACGUUGCAGAGCGUCCGUCCAGCCUUUAUGGAGGAGUACGAAAAGAUUGAGGAGGAGCUGCAGAAGCAGUAUGAAACGUAUGUAAUGAAGUUCCGUAACCUGUGCUUCUUGGAGCAGCAGCUGGAUGACUAUCACCGACUGGAGCAAGAGCGUUUCGAGGAAACUGAGAAUUCCAUGAAAAUGAUGCAGAACAAACUCCAAGAGGAGGACAGGAGACUCAUGAGGAGUGGAGUGCGAGAAGAAGAAUCUGAUAUAGACAUCCCAGAAGAUGACGGCUCAGACAGUGAAGUGGAAGUAGGACGGCCGGCUAAACCAUUCCCUCUGCGGCAUUCACAAAUACCAGGUCGAGCUGGUGCACGUCUCAUUGGCACCAUGCAAGGAGGAGACACUGAGUCAGAGGACAGCGAGAUUGAUGUUGACGAUGAUGAUGAUGACGAGGAGGAGGAUGAGGAAGAGGAGGAAGACAAUGCGAACGAGAACCUCGAUGAUAAUGACAGUCUGGAAGGUUUUGCGUCCAACCCCAGUCGACCAACCAGAUCACUCCACCCUCAGAUACUGGAUGAGAGUGAUAAUGACUUCUAGUGCAUACUGAUCUUUUACACAGACAGGCUGUGUUCCAGGCAGAUAGCAGUUCUUUAGGUAGGCAGCAUUUCUGAGCAGCAUGUCCAGCAUCACAUACGUUUCUGUGUAACUUGUUCGAAAUGUGUUAGUCAUUUAUGAUGACCUAGCUUUCUGCAUUACAUACACUAUGGUCCUAUCCAAAUUACGUCAUUAAUUUAACACACCAAACACACACAAAUAGUUCUGGCUGGGAAAAAAGUAUGUAAACCCUUGUAUGUGGAAACUACUUUUAGCCGCAGUAAUGUUUGAGAAGGAAUUUCUCAGAUGUUGUGUGUGUUUGAGGACAGGACAGGACCGGACAGUACCUCUACCUACACCAGCAUCCCAAUCAUUCUAACCUAGUAGUGUGUUGUACAUUUAUAAGUGUAGCAGGUGCAGCAGUGUAGAUGGGAUUUUGAAACACCUCAGUGACAGUACUGGCCAAAGAAUAAUGCUCUAACCAAAAAUAUAAACCCAACUGCUAACAGAAUGUGUGUUCCUAAUAAAAAGGCCAGGACGUUUAAACAGUGUUUGAAAAACCCAACAACACUGCUGCACCUGCUACACUCAUACCAGAACAACACACACUACCAUGUUUACCAUGUUGGUGUCAUUGUAGUGCUGAGAAUGUUUCAGUGACUAAACAUCAAUGGGGGUCCUAUGAGGGUCCUUUUCGUUUGAUAAAUGGAGAUCAAAGGAUGAUGAAGUGUACAAAGCUACAGUCUGUUCAUCGGUAUGGUAGGUGUGGCUUAUAAAAUCAAAGAAUGAAUGUCCCAGAUAGGGGACCUAAUAAAUUUCUCAGUGUGUGUAUAAGAAUUACACUGUUAAUGUAAUAAAUGUACAUUCUCUAUAAA